GUCGUAAUUGAACAGGAAUUGGCUGUAGAAGAGUACAAAUUGCAAUCAUGGCUGUCGAUCUUGAGUUGAAAAAGGCAUUCCAGGAGCAGCAGAUCCGUAUGAUCGAGACGACGCAGCAGCUUAAGAUAGCUGACAUGCAAGUUGAACAACUGAAGAGAAAACAGCAGCAUUGCAGACUGACUGCUGCAGAACUGGCUGCUCUUCCUGGAGAAACUAGGGUCUUUGAAGGAGUAGGAAGGAUGUUUCUACUGCAAGAUAUGGAGGGCAUUCAAACUGUACUUGCAGACAGAGUAACUGAAGCAGAGAAACAAAUACAGAAAGUGCAGAGUAACAAGACAUACCUUGAACGCUCGUUGAAGGACAGUGAAAGCAACCUCAGGGAACUAGUGGCAUCGAAGAGAGCAGCAAAACCGUGACGUCAUGCCCAUCUUCUGGUAGAUCCUGUACUAUAGUCAUUUGUAUAUAUACAUGUAGUACUAGACAUAAAUCGUGAUGCUGUGUUUUUUUAUUUACGAUAUUUUUCAAGGAUGGAGUCCAGGGACCUGUUUCAUAAAGGCAUACAGUAAGGGUAACUUAGCUAUUAUGGUGACCACCAUAGCACCAUGUACAGGUGUUAUGGCUUGAUGGAUAAGUCUCUGGACUUUGAACCACAAGGUCCAGGGUUCGAAUCCCACCUCAUCACCCUCGUCCUUUGGCAUGGCGUUUAUCUACAUUUGCCACUCUCCACCCAGGUGUAGUAAAUUGGUACCUGAUGGGAAGAAAUUCCAUGAAUGCUCAAGUGUCCACUCAGAGAAACUGUGCUAAAGCCAGAAUGAUAGUAUGCAGUGCAAUAUAGAGGUUGCAUAAUUAUUAUUAUUACCAGAGCUCAGCAGCCAAUCACGAUUAAUGCUACUAUGAUAGUUGCCAUGAUGACUGUAAGACUGUAUGAAACAGGGCCCAAACUGGGAGUCCUGAAUCAUAACAUCUCUUGAUAUCAGGGCCCCGUCUUACAAAGAGUUACGAUUGAUCCAAUCAAACGUAACUCUAUGGAAAUCCAUCAGUGUCAUAUUUUUCCAUAGGAGAUUGGCACAAUGUCCUUUGUAAACAAAGAGAAGCACAAAGAAUAAAAAAAAAACAAGGAAUGCAUGGAUAUACAUGUACAUCAUAGUUAGAAAAUAUUUUGAGUCAACAUGCAUAAUACAUGUUGAUGUUGCUGGCCGUCCAUAGUUGCGAUUGAUCGGAUCAAUCGUAACUCUUUGUAAGACCGGGCCCUGAUCCUCCCAUAUAGAGUACCGAAGUAUGACGUCUUCAAUUUUCCCUUUUUGCAUUUGUGUUUUUGAUACCAUAUUUUGGUAGAGCAUGAUGAAAACCCCCCACAACCCAAAUUUGGUGGGAAUCGAUCCAUGGGGGCCCAAAGAUAUGACCUCAUGAAUACAUAAUUAGCCCCAUUGAAGUCAAUGUAUUAUUGGCCUGGUUCCUAACUUUUAGAACCAGGCCAUUAAAUACACUUACUUCAAUGGGGGUAAUUAUGUAUUCAUGAGGUCAUAUCUUGGGGCCCAAGGACCGAUUCCCACCAUAUUUUGGUAGUGGGUGUAUUACAUCAUGCUCUACCAAAAUAUGGUAUCAAAAACGCUGAAAUGUACAAAACAAAAGUUUUUUGUGACGUCAUCACUUCGGUACUCUAUACAUUGAACACACAACAUGGUCUAAUGCCACAAUGUUGGGCGUAAUGGACUUAGAGCAAGAUACAUUCUGGCUCUGUGCUUAUGUGAUCAUAAUUGGCCAACUACAGUAUGUAUUCUUUUGAAGCCUGAUUUUUCAGGCAAAGAUGGCAUUGUAUAUUGGUUGAUAGUGAGCAGUGGCUCUAGUCGCAGCGAUCUAGAUUUGCUGAUGAUCGAGUCACCUAGAUGGUGCUGGGACUACUGGAAGUUCUUUGGAAAGCUCUUCCAAAAGUGAAACAUUUCAUCACCAGGCUUGGCAGAAUGAUAUGAUUUAAAGCGUACGUCAAUACCUAUUCUCUUGGUUAGGCAGAAGGGUGUUAACCCUCACACAUUGUGUAUUUUGGGUAGCGCGCACUAAAGCUACAGCCCUUAUGCCAGCUGCACUAGUAUUUAAAAUCGCCAUGCAUGUGAACCUACUGUCCUGAUGAUAAAAGGUAAAAAAAAUAAUUUCCUAAUUCUCUCCAAGGCUUAGAGGGAAAGUUCACCCUGAUGAAAAGUUUAUUGUAAAUAUAGCAGAAAAAAAUAAUUUAAAAUCAUUGGUGAAGGUUUUAGCAAAAUCCAUCAAAAAUUUAGAAAGUUAUUACAAUUUUAAUGUUUAGAUUUGUGACAUCAUAUGCGAACAGCUUCUGUAUUUAUUGUGUAGUUAAAAAAAUUAAUGAAAUGGCUUUAAAAAAAAAGGCUUGUAUUUCCAUAAUUUCAUUAAAUAAACGUUUUUUCACCAGUUUCCCACAGAAGCUAACGCAUGGUGAACAAAAGACUUAAUGCAUGGCUGAUCGUCAACAAAACGGAGUGUCAAGUGAGUUUGAACGCUUGCCCGGAGAACCUCUUCAUUUUAUGAAAUUAUUGAAAUUCAAGCCUUAUUUCAAAUAACCAGAACUUUGUUAUUUCUUGACCAUUUUCUGUAAUUGAGGUAUCAAAUUAAAGAGCAGAUAUUGAACUUUUUAAAAAUGUGGGUUUCUUUUUUAAACCCAGAUACAGCCCGCCAAAUGACUUUUUGGUAUCCCCUCUUCAAAUUGUUUUUGCUCAGUCAAGCAUGAAUGAGAAAUAAUGUAAAGUAAUUUCAGAUGAAAGAGGAGAUUCUAAGCUUUACAAUGGUAGGUCAUUUGUCUAUUGUAUUUGUGAUUAAGUUAUGAUAAAUCAUCGAUAAAUCUCGGUUUCGUUUUUUGUGGGACGCACUGUAUAUAUAUUGCAUGUCAACAGACGAAUCAUUUCACACCCGCUCUAGAGAGAAUUUUUUUUGGUCAUUAUAAAAUCAUUAAACAAUUGAAAUUAUUAUUAUAUGACAUAUGGGGCAGCUCGUGGUAUGUGACAUAACAAAUCACAAACUUAAAUUUCUAAUAAUUUUAUUAAUCUUUCAUGGAUUUUUAUCACAUUUUCACCAAUAUUUUUUAAAACUAUCAUUUAGGGUAUUUUCAGAACAAACUUUUCAUCAGAGUGAUCUUCUCCCUUAAAGACUAUUCAUGGUGAUAGAUGUUUGUCUGUUUGCAUGUUGGUAAAAGUACAUUUUAAGAGAAACCAAUGGGAAGUGGCUUUUAUGUUUACAUGUAUUAAGUUGCUUUUAUGGAAUGCAAUAAUUGUGAUAAAAGUAUAGAAGUAUGCGAUAUGAAAAAAAUAU